UGUCAUUUCGAAGAAAUCAGACAACAAUGGCUAAAACAGUCAUGUGGUUUUCGGUGUACACCUUGUCCAAAGAAAACAAUGUUACCAUGGAAACUGACAAUCCAUGAAAGACAGAAAUAAACAACAACAACAAAAAAUUACUCAGCUGCCUACCCCUGUCAGGUUUUCCAUCACAACGGUCACAUUUUUAACACUCAAUGGAGGAUAUCCAUGUUAAGUUAAGUAGAAAAAGAUACCAGGGUAUUGUCAACUGCAUAUCUGAAGGCCAAUGUCGUGUAGAGUUUUAGCAAGUGUCUUUAGACAGUCAACUAUGGGACUUUAUUCACAAAAGGGCUGGUCCCAAACAGUGGACACACCAAACCUUUCUGACCUUAUUUCAUUACCAUCCCACACAAUAGGAAGUGCUCUAUAAAAGGACUCCACAGUUCACAAGAUCUCACAGGCAGAUGAUACUCAAACCAGUCGCAAACAUGAUCCAAGGUUCUCGUUCCGCAAACAACCGGAAAGAUAUUCUCCUCAACGCUUUCCUCUUCCUCCUAGUCACAAAAUUCGAUAAAAGCUUUCAGUUAACACUGAGCGACUGCGGAUCAGAGUUCAGACGUCCAGAGUACACAGACAUCUCUGUAGACUGUGGAACGGAGUACAUCACCCUGGCUAUCAAAUUCUGUCCUGUCAUGUACACUGGCUAUAACGAAUCAGAGUUAAUUCUCAACAACAUCAUGAAUAACCCAGACUGCUAUGCGACCCUCGAUACUACCGUUUCACCUCCUGUGGCUCGAUUUAGUUUGCCGAUUAACUCAACCAAUGGCUGCGGCAGCAACUUUGUUACAAUAAGAAGUGUAGGGACAGGUGUAUUCUCGGACUUCUCCAACAUCGAGACGGUCAACAUCAGUGGAAUUAUACGAUCGAAAGACAUCACAACAGGCACUGUGACGUAUAACGCUGAGCUGAAGUACUACUACUCGUGCGCCUAUCCUCUGGAGUACCUGAUCAACAACACUCAAGUGGAUGUUUCGGGCUCCUCGAUUGCAGUAAAAGACAACAAUGGCAGUUUCAUCAGCACUCUGAGUCUCAGACUCUUCAGUGACAUUAACUACACCCAGCCUCUUGUUAUGCCUCCCCUCGGUAUUGAGCUGAGGACUAAUGUGUUUGUGCAAGUGCAGGCCACCAACUUGUCCUCCCAGUACUUUUUGCUGUUGGACAGAUGCUUUGCCUCCGUUUCCACCAUCCCUACCACCAGGAGCUACUACGACCUCUUUACGCCUUGCGGUGGUGAUCGGCUCACUAAAAUGCUGGUGAAUGGGGAGAUGCAACGUGCUCGGUUCUCGUUUCCAGCCUUCCGCUUCACAGAGCAGCAGAACCAGACAGUUUCAACAUACUACCUGCACUGCAUUACAAGACUCUGUGAAAUAUCAACCUGCAGUGCAUUUAGACAAUGUGGCAAACGAAAAAGGAGAGACGUUGUGCCUUUAACCACCACUCCUCCAAAUGGAGUCACAGAAGCCAGAACCCUCACAUCACCAGCCAUCAUUAUACGUGCAGAUAAUGUGGUGGCAACAAAAGAGGAAGAAGUCACAAUCAGCACGGAAACACCUUCAGACUCCUCUGUGGGUCUCGGCUUGGCUGUGGGCAUCCUGGCAUUUGCCUGCAUCAUGACUGUAGGAUUGGGAGCAGUUUUCUACAAGAGAUACUGGCACAACGCACCUUCAAAAAUGCAGCGGUGAGCUGAGACACCCUGCUCUUGCUCCAAGAGAGGACUGCUGCUGGAGGGCUGAGCAGGGCUCAGCAUAGAACUGUUUCAGACAUCUCGAUAUUUUAUAUAAUGUUUCUAGCUGAAUAAUCAUAGCAUAAUGUGGUUUAGAAGAGCAACAGUGUACUACUACAUCAGCUCUACAGCUUAAACUUGUGUUUGACCUGGGAAUACAUGUUAAAUGCACAACCAAAACAGAGCUUUAAUCCUUAGUUUAUAUAAGGCAAUAUGAAUUCUCUGUAUUCUUGUGUUUUGCAAUAGAAGUACAUUAAAAAUACUGACCCAUCAAAUGAAUCCAAUCCCAAUGAGCUCUCACCGUGGUACCUGUAAAACACAAAAAGGAAAUAAAUCUGAAUGUGUGUGAUGGGUUUACCUUCUAAAAUGUUAUAUGUUAUUUAUUAAACACUACUCUUGCUGCGUAUUCCUCAUUUAACUUUGACAUCCCCAUAUCUAAAGACUACUAAUGCACAGCCCAAAACAUCCCUGCAUUUACAAUGAAACACAUCCUUUUAAAUCAAUAAAGCAAUAGCAGAGUAUUAUAGAUUCCUUCUGCAUGUUCAACUUCAUAAAUAAAGAAAUGGAAAUAAAAGCAAUUUCGAAUGAAAGUGAGCUGAAGGAGAGUGCAGCAAAGCGUUGAUCUUUAGAUCUGAAGUUAUGUUCUUGGCUCUGCAAUUUUAUAACUUCUUUUAAAGUCCUAUGGCAGACUGAGCUCUUAAAAGUAGAUGUACAUUUGCGAUUCAUCCAUUAAUGCAUGCUUCAUAUGAAUAAAGGCUGCUGGUACAAGAAAAAAUCGCUGUCCUCUUGAGUGGGUUUUUACUUAGUUGCAGUAAAAUGGAAUUAGAUUGCCUGAAAAUAGCAUUUGGGUCUUUUAAAACUAUUAUACAUACUUAAAAUGUGACAGAGGUGUGUGUAAAAGGUUGUAAAGGUAGAAAAUACCUAUUAAAAAGUUGUCUAAAUGGUGAAAAUAGGCACCUAGCUAAAGUGGGUCAAGCAAAUUCAUUCAGAAAAAGGGGAUUUUUAAGUGACACCUCUGCAAUAUUAGUAGGGAAAUCUGAUCACAGUCUAAUAUCAUUUUACUUUGACCUGUCAAAUGAACUAAUGCCUGAUCUGUAUAUUGUCAGGUGUCUUUACAGCUAUGAUGAACCUAACUUCAUUGUUCUCAUUGUUUAGGGAGUUCAUGUUUUCAUGUCUGACACCUGAAACUGCUCUCACAGCCACGCUGGAGAAAACGUGAUCUUAUGCUGCACUCCCUAUAAAGACCUCACAUAGGCCUAAUUAUUGCCAAAUUACACAAAAUGAUCAAUCAAUUAACCAUUCACUCCAUUCAGUUUUUGUUUUGUUUUGAGGUCAUGAUUGGGACAGAAACCCUGUUGAGUCCAGAGAGGAAAGGACAGAUUCGUAGACGGAUCCAGCACAGAAGUAGGGCACAUGAUGAUUCAUUCUGUCAGAUGCUGAACUAGGCCAUCAUUUUGUGGCUCUCUUUAAGUCUCUUUGUUUCUUUUGCACUUUGUUUUGCAAGCAUCGCUUCAAAUAUUUUAAUGCCCCACAUUCUGACUCACCCGCAAAGGGUACAAUGGUUUUCCAAAGAAAUGUAGCAUGAAAAUAUAAUAGAUAUUUUAUUUUUAGGAUUUGUAUUAAUGCAGUUUUUAUCUGCAGUGUCCUACAUAGCACACAGCAGCUGCACCAGCCAGAAAUUUACUGUAGAAAAUACAGUAACACAACUCAUAUCCGCAUAUUUUGGUAACUGAUAAUGUUAAUAUACCAAUCAAUUUAAAUGACUGAAGUAGGUCAUGGACAACAACGGUGGCUGAUAAAUAUGAAUAGACAGAGUAAAGUUAUAUUCACCUAUAUAAUGUUAUGUUACG